AUGGAGCCUCCGGACUUCGAAGCCAUGAACUUCACGGUGCAGCAGGUGCCCCCCAAGUACCCGCUGUGCGCGGAGUGGAGGGACGGCGCGGAGGGCUCCGUCUUCCACCUGGCGCACAUCCUCCUCUUCCUCGGCUUCAUGGGCGGCAGCGGCUUCUACGGGCUCCUCUACCUCUUCAGCCUCCUCACGCUGGGCUUCUUCUGCACCUCCCUCUGGGCUUGGACGGACCCGUGCACCACCGACUCGUUCCUCUGGAGCUUCGCCCUGUUCGCAGCCAGCCUGGCGCAGGGGGUGCACGUUGCCUCCCGGCUGCGGGGGGUCUCCUUCGAGCGGGACUUCCAUGAGCUGUACCAGUGCAUGUUCCAGAAGCUGGGGGUGUCGCUCACCCAGUUCGGGAAGAUCGUGGCCUGCUGUGAAGGAGACGUGCACACCUUGGAGCCCGGCCACUGCUUCGCCAUCGAGGGGAAGACCCCCAUCGACAAGCUGUCGGUGCUGCUGUCUGGCAGAGUCCGUGUGACAGUGAAUGGAGAGUUUCUGCAUUACAUCUACCCGUUUCAGUUCCUGGAUUCUCCUGAGUGGGACUCUCUCAGACCAGCAGAGGAGGGCAUCUUCCAGGUGACCCUGCGUGCCGAUAACCCCUGCCGCUACGUGGCGUGGAGGAGGAAGAAACUCUACCUGCUUUUUGCUAAGCAUCGCUACAUCGCCAAGAUCUUCGCCCUCGUUGUGCGCAAUGACAUUGCAGAGAAGCUGUUCUCCCUUAAUGAUAAGGCCUUCAGCGAGUCCGGCCGCCGCUAUGAUCUCCGCUUACCAAGUUACUGUCACAUGCCAGGGACAGAAUUAGAAGGGGCAGAUGUCCUGCAAGUGCCGGUGCAGGGUGGGAGGACGGCCUGA